GUGUAGGUUUAUUUGCCACAAGUAAUUUUUUUCAUGGCAAAAAGAGGGUAAAACCCAAAUUUACUCGGCUCUUAACUCAUGUAUUGACCUGAGCAUUGACAAUUGAAGGUAAAUAUUUAUGGAGAUAAUAGUAAUAGAAUUAUAUUUUGGUAUUCUUCUAACGCAAGAUAACAAAAACCCUUAUCCACAAACAACAAAAUGAGGACAGAAAUCCAGCACGGAGUUGAGAAAACCAAGUGAGGAGAAAACAUCCACAAAAAUUAAGCAUGGCUGCUGCCUCCUCAGCCUACGCCGGCUUCUCGAUGCGGCCAUGGAGAAGCAGCAGGAGCCAGAAACUGAGAAAGAGCAGCGCCUUGUCAGUUUCAGCCCAGCAAGCAGAGGUAGAGCAAACAGAGACGAAAUUAGAAACGGAGAGCACAACGACGAAGCAGCCGGGCAUGACCACGCCGCGGCCAGCGGAGAAGCAGGUGAACGUUCAGAGCAAGAACAUGGGGAAGGAAUACGGCGGGCAGUGGCUGAGCAGCACCACCAGACAUGUCAGAAUCUUUGCAGCCUACAUCGAUCCGGAGACGUGUGAGUUCGACCAAACACAGAUGGAUAAGCUGACCCUCAUCCUCGAUCCCACCGAUGAGUUUGUGUGGACAGACGAAACCUGCACCAAAGUCUACUCCUACUUCCAAGAGCUCGUUGACCAUUACGAGGGAGCUCCGUUGACGGAAUACACGCUGCGUUUGAUAGGUUCGGACAUAGAACAUUACAUAAGGAAGCUGCUGUUCCAAGGAGAGAUCAAAUACAACAUGGAUGCAAGAGUGUUGAACUUCAGCAUGGGGAAGCCGCGCGUUGGAUUCAGUUACGACGGCCAACUUCCCGAUGCCUAUUGAUACUUCUUAUCUUACAAUAUUCUAAUCACACUAUUAUUUCAUUGUCAAUAGCCUUCUACUGUUUCAUGUUUUGUUUUAACAAUCUCUUUCCCAUUCCAAA